AUGGCUCCCAAACGUGAACAAGAAUCUGCCCUCUUGAACCCUAUGGUCGAAGGCCACGAAGACACGGAUGAAGACUCAGAGUCCUUCCAUUACCCCCCUCCUCGAAGACGGCGUUGCUCAGCAUGUAGAUGCUUCGGAUUGGUAUUCUCCCUCCUCUCUGUCGUCUUCAUCUCAGCUAUUGCUGGUGCUUGGAUCUCAAUGGCAUAUAUCGAGAUCGACCAAACAUGUGCUAUGCACACAACAAAAUGGUCACCGCUCUUCAAAGACGUUCAGAUAAAGUACCACGAACAACAAUUCGACGGGCAUUUCAUGGAAGAGAAUGAAUUCCGCAAGAAUGGUUCUGCCGAGGUCGAUAAAGCUUGGGAGUCACUAGGAGUUGACUAUCGACCUGGUGUCAUAUCUUACAAGGACGGCAUUGCCAGUGGCCUCACUGAUGCUCACGUUCAAAUCAAUCCCAAACAUGGCGGCGGUUUCAUCGUCAAUGUUGAGGGCAUGCAUCAUCUUCACUGUCUGAAUAUGAUCCGCAAGAGUCUGUACUUCAAUUAUGAUCACUACAAAGCUCUCGGUGGGCAUGCAUUCAAGAACGACGGCGAAAUCUUCCGUCUCCACCUCACACACUGUCUUGAUACCAUCCGCCAAGUUCUCAUGUGUAACGUCGAUACCGCCGUCCUCGGGCAGGUCUGGCACGACAAGAAAGACCCUAGCGCGUUCCCCGACUUCAACACCAAGCACACCUGCAAGAACUACGACGAUGUGAGGGAGUGGGCGAAGAGGCUACAGGCUCCUCCUGCUGAGACAAUGCCUGGAGAUUUCCUUGGCAUUCCAAAGCCGGAAGACAUCCUUGAAUAUACUCCAUAA